CCUGCCGUUCCGUGGUCCAAUGGGCGGCCGUGUUCAUGAUCGCCUUCGGUGUGGUGGGCAAAAUGGGCGCCCUGUUCGCCACCAUCCCGGACCCGAUCAUCGGCGGCGUGUUCUGCGUCAUGUUCUCCAUGAUCUCCGCCGUCGGCCUGUCCAGCGCACAGACCGUCGACCUCAACUCGUCCCGAAAUCUAUUCGUGUUGGGCUCGUCCCUCUUCUUCGGUCUCAUGGUGUCCCACUGGACCAGCAGAAACGCAGAAGCCAUCAGGACAGGAUAUGAUGUGUUAGAUCAAACGAUCGUCAUCCUGCUCAGUACCAGCAUGUUUGUUGGAGGCUUCCUGGGAAUUUUCCUUGACAACACCAUUCCGGGCACGGCCGAAGAGCGGGGACUCGCUGGAAGCGGCCACCACGGCAGUGGUGGUCGCAGCGGCACGACCGACUGUUACGACUUGCCCUUCCUGAAGGCACGUCUUGAGAACGCCGCCUUCGCCUACCUGCCCAUCAGCCCCACCUACAGCAACUCGGUGCUCCUCAACAAGAUCACGCCCAAGUUCGUUCGGUCCUUGUCGCGCAAAUCAAGCUCCAAGGUAGCCGCCGAAGCCUAGGUGUCUUACUGACGGCAAACGCCGACAGCCUAUGCGGUUCUCCGCCAUCGUUGUGGUCUCUCAAGAAGCGGCUGCCGAGCAGGACUCUCGAGCACGAAGUUGCAGAGCGCGAUGCGAGUCAGUGAAGGUUAGACAUUUUAAACUGUGUCUAAGACUUCGAGAAGGAGAAGAAACAAAAAAGAAUUUACAACACCUACAUAAAACGUCUUCCUUCUUGUCCCAGUUCGGAUAUUGAUCAAAAUGUGAGCGCUCGAGCGCCGCUGCUGGAAUGGCCCGAACCGAAAAGAACUUGGGUUAACUCGCGUCUUCCGUGAAACCAGGACGCCCUCUGUGUUGAGCGCUGAAAAACAAUAAUAAGACAGUAAUGCGCUAAACGGAGAACCAUGUAGGAUUUACUCUGCCAAUAAUUGCGGCGGACAUUUAAAACAAAUAAAUACUAUUUUUUUUUUUAAUCAACAGGCCUUAUAGCAGGGACAUUUUUGUCUAGAUGAUUUUGUACCUGCAGUGCAAAGAGUCGUAGAGACAUAGCAUGUAUGUCGAAAAAUGUCAAAACUUCUACGCUGUUUAUUUUUUACAUGUAAAUGUUUUGCCUAUUUUCCUCUAAAGCUAGCGCCUUUCAGAAGAAAUGCUACUUCUGUGGGCGUUCUAGAAGAGUUUGGACCUUCCAAUAAACAGUGGCCACCACUUAAUAAAGAUACAGCGCGAUCGA